AUGGAUGAUAAUGGUGCUUCUCAGAUCGUCGGAGCUUUGGAAGCCAUAUACUCGACGCAAUCUGAUAAUGCCACGCGUUUGGAAGCUCAGAAGUUUUUAGACGACGUCAAGAUGCGCGAGCAAUCGCCAUUUUGGGGAUACGAAAUAGCUCUGAACAACCCGGAAAACUCAAUUUUGAAGCAUUUCGGUCUUGGCUUGCUGGCGCACGCGAUUCAACGCAAUUGGAGCGAACACUCACCAGAAAGAAAAAUUGCGCUUCGCAAAUGGGUAGUGGAGCUCAAUGGCCAAGUCCAAAACACAGAUCCGCGUUAUAUCAAAGAAAAACUAGCCUUUUUGUGGGUGGAGGUGGCAAAGCGGGUGUGGGGAGAGGCCCUAAGAGAGGACGAGCCCACUGAGGAGCUUUUACAGGAAUCGUGGGUCGAUAUGGACAACAAUCUAAGGGAAUUGUGGCACCUUAACGAGUCGGCGAGAGAGCUUACUCUAAUUAUAUUCAGAACUCUGUUCGAAGACGUUUUUCUUCUCGAGGAUUUAGCCGUACUCAAAAGAAUAUCGGUUAUACAGCCGCUGUGUGUCAUGAUUAUUAGCCCGAUGGACAUCUUCGCAGCAAGAUACAGAUUCACAGAUAAGUGGACCCUGUUCAGAAGCACAGGCAAUGGCUGGUUCGAGCUUUGGGUGACAGAACUGCGUUCCGCCUUAGUCUCAGGUAACGCUGUGUACGUCACGCGACUACUUGAAACUCUCAAGACAUGCCUGAACUGGCCGCUCAGUGAGAUUAUGAUCCGAAACGAUGUCAGCGGACUUCUGCUGGACUGUUUGGCCAGUAACAUGCCCAAGGCCCAAUCCAUGGCCUUGGAUUCAUUACAUAUCCUUUUGACUCGACCCUAUAACGAUGAUGCUCACUACCAAGCGGUGAUUAACAAGGUUUUCAGCAGUAUGGACCUCUUGAACCAAGUCUACGAUACUUUGCAGUUUGAUCCCAACAACAUUGACGAAGUGAAGUACCCCAUUGUCAAAAAAUUUGUCGACAUGGUGAGCUGCCUUUACACUUGCGUUUUUAAAAUCGAUGAGGACGAGGUCGUCAUAGAGAAGUAUUUGAGACUGGUUCUGAAAACUACCUUCAAUCCCAGUCUGAUUGUCAGCGGACUGACGCUUGACUUAUGGUGCUCAUGUCUGCGAAACGACGACUUUUUUCCAGCAUUAGAGAAAACUAUCAUACCCGAACUACUCCAGUUUUCGGCUGAUGCUUUGAUAUACUACGAACAAAUUGAUGGUCAUGUUUCCAAACAAUUUGCUGAUAUUGAUUUCCAAUCCACUUCUGAGUUUCAAUCGUUUUGCUCUACGUAUAGAAAGAGGAUAAGGGACAUAAUCCGCCUAAUAUCUUGCGUUCAGCUAGAUUUUGCAUACGACUGGUUGAAUGCCAGACUAAAUUCGUUUUUCAGUUCUUCAUUUGGCCAGGAGGUUUUGAACUCUCAGUUCCUAGAUCACAAAACAGAGCCAUAUUUGAGCGCUUUGUCGCAACUAAUGGUCGUCGAAUGCUUCAUAAAUGGCUGCAUACGUUGGAAAAUUUGGUUUCCUGAUAGUCCUGCAUACAACGAGAAGCUUAAUGACAUUCUCUUAAAAAUCGAAACACUAUCGGAUCAAUUGAUUGCUCUCACUUUAAGGGAACCUUUGUUAUUGAAAAAGCAGAUACAGAACUUUGCUCUGUUCUUAACAAUGCUUAAGGACAAUGUCCUACUGAAACUUCUCGAAAAAAUCAUCACUAGCGCCACUUUGGAGUAUCCUAAUGUUGACCUGGAUGAAAAAAGCGAACAGUCGGAUGCGAUUCGCGAUUUGAGAUAUGCUUGCGGUAUAGAGCUUAACAGAAUGGCGAUUCUGAUGCCCGACUCUCUCAGUAAAAUCUACGAAGAACUGCAAAGUGUUGUCGCACGUAUUUUGCCUAAGCUUUCUUACCAUGAGAAGAUAUCGUUCAAGUCUUUCUUGCUGACUAUCAUUCUGAAGUCGUCCCUCAGCGGUAAGGAGGAAAGGUUCUCCUCAAUUGUUGACCCUGAGUUAAGCGCGUGGUCAGAAAAAGAGACCGUCGUCGGCUUAACCGAUCUCCCUUGGUUCAUGGAAAGACUAGGAAUAGUCCAAAUAUCUGAAUAUUUUCAAAAGAGGGCUAUCACAGGAGGUGAGGAUCUGCUGUCCAUCCCCAUCGAUGAUGAAGGAAAAGCACUCAAAACACAAUUGUCAAAACGCUGGCAAACGCUGUUUCCCGUGAGAGCUACCAGAAUGUUUGUACAUUAUUCAAUGCAAAGCAUUAAAAGUGAUACAGAGUUUGAAGUACUCCAACAGCUUUGGAAACCCAGAGUGGUUCCAAUUCUGCCUUACAUCAUGAGGUUACUUUACCAAUUGCAAUCCUACCAUGAUCCGGAAAAUUGGAAAGAGCUACCUACAGUGGUGCAAUCAUUUGUAAAAUGCUCCACGGUAGAGCGUUUUUGGGAGGCAGGCGCGUCGAAUAAAUCGAAGGACGAGUUUAUUGACGAACACAUGAAGGCAAUGCAAACGCUGCGAGACUUUGCUGAUUCGGUUGGCCACAUCGUGAGGUACACUAGAGAAUACGUUCUACUUGUCAUAAGUGCUAUGUCCAACCUAGGUAGUAUCUUCUACGGUAUUGACGAACUGCCGCAAAUUCUCAUGGACUCGAUUGCGAUUUACAAGCCUUCAAGGGGAGAAAUCAGCCCAGGAGUAUCAACACAUGGCUGGAAACAUAUCAUCAACGUCGCAAUACGGCCACUUCUGAAAAACUGCCCGCCACAAAGCUCCGUUAAGUUCAUGACAGCAUUUUUGCCCAAACUCUUUGACACAUUGGACGUUCUCCUUUGUCAGAAAUGGUCCAUUUACAUGAACGACAUAGACGUUAAUCCACCUCCAAGAGACGAUGACGAAAUGACAGAGGAUAUUCUAGAAGAAAACCUACUGAGACAGCUAACCACUGUUGUUGUUCGGCUAUUGAUCGAUUGCGUCGGACAGGUGGGCACAAACUCCCAAGCUUCUAAAAUGAAGUUGAACGCACAUCAGAUUGAAAUGAGAAAGAUCAUUUUUGAAAACGACGAGGUGAUGAGCUCUUUUCUAAGAUUGUUGAACCACUUGAUGUCUUUCAGAGAUAGCAAGUGUUCUUUCAAUUCCAUCUUGGUAAUGAAAAGCUGCCUAGUGGACACUUUGAUUAAGAACGAGGCUGUUGAUCAAUUCUAUAGCUCGCAGGUCAUGCCCAAUCUGCUAUUGAAUGUCCUGACUCAAAGUGCCUUUAAAGACUCUUUAUAUGAAGGUCUUUAUAUCUUCACUGUCAUAUUUUUGACGCUGUGCAAAGAGUACAAGUCUUCCCGGGAUUAUUUGCAUCAGCUCUCCAAUGGCUACGACAUUGAGAGCCUCUACGAAAGCGUCAGAAGUGUGGAAAACUACAAAAACCAACGAGCCUUGAUGGUUGAAUUCAUUGACUGGAUAAAAGUUGUUAAUGGUCGUGCUCAAGAUGAUGAUGACGGAGACGACAAGAAAAGACAGGAAAAAAGAGAGGCCAUUUUGGAACGCGCAAAUGAAAGACUCAUAAAGCAGAACAAAGAUCAGAAAGACUUGUUGGACGAUCCUAAUACGGAGGAUGGAGCGUUUGGUUCACUUUUUCAGUCAUAA